AUGGCGGAUUAUAAUGGAUUUCAAAAUCUUCUAAAUUUAGAUUUGAGUUCAUGUAACCUUAGUGGUAUAAUUCCUUCAUGGUUAUCGAAGCUGAAAAAGUUACAGGUCUUGAAUCUGCAUCACAACAGAAUCACUGGCUCAAUUCCAAGUUGGCUGGGGACUCUUCCAAGCCUGUAUUUUUUAAAUAUGCAAUUCAACCAACUUUCUGGAGAAUUUCCAAAGGAAUUGUGCACACUACCUAUGUUAGUAUCUGAACAAACUGCAGCUCAAAUAGGUCGUAUUUAUCUUGAACUGCCUAUCUACUUUCGUCCUAGGGCUGAUGCAGCAUUUUUACAGUACAAUUAUGUGGUUUUUGCCCCAUAUAUAUCCCUAAGUCUCAAUUGCCUUAGUGGGAAUAUACCUAUUGAGAUUGGCCAAUUGCAGCUUCUCCAACAGCUGGAUCUUAGUGCUAACAACUUCUCGGGCAACAUUCCAGACCAGAUAUCUAACCUAAAGUACAUGGAGAUACUGGAUCUCUCCAUGAACCAUUUGUCUGGAAAAAUCCCGGCAUCAUUCACAGGUCUUAAUUUCUUAUCAAGAUUCAAUGUCUCGUACAAUAAUCUCCGAGGACCAAUACCAUCAAGCACUCAGCUCCAAAGUUUCAAUGCUUCUGUAUUUGAGGGGAAUCUGAAACUCUGUGGUGCCCCACUUCCAAAUGAUUGUCAGACGACAACGGGUGCUGAUGCACCUGAUAUGAGCACCCAAGAUGCAGACACCAAGGAGUGUCAAAUUCCAUGGUUUUAUGUUUCUGUUGCACUUGGGUUCAGUACAGGAUUUUGGGGAGUCUGUGGUCCUUUAGUGCUUAUGACAAAGUGGAGAUAUGCAUAUUACCAUUUCCUAGACAAUGUACAAUACAGGUUCCAUGUGAUGAUAGCAAAGCAUAUGGCAAGCAUUAAGAGAAGGUUUGUUUAG